CGAGCUUCCUAGUCCAUUGCCAGCGCCUCUCACUCUGAUCUGUCAGCCCAGCCGAGGGAAAAGGGGGGAAGGAGAAAAAAAAAAAAAAGCAGCUGAAAGACAAUCUGCUUCAUCUUGAUUCUGCAGCAUUCCAAACUGUGGUAUCCUUGGGGUUCUCUUAACAUUGCUAUGGUGCAGAAGAUUUAAAAUCAGCUGAUGUUCACAAGGAAUAGAGUCACGUGAUGUAUGAAGGGAAACAUAUACACUUCUCUGAGGUUGACAAUAAGCCCUUGUGCUCAUAUAGCCCCAAACUGUGCAAGCAGCGGCGACUCAACGGCUACGCUUUCUGUAUCAGACACGUUCUGGAGGACAAGACUGCCCCCUUCAAGCAAUGUGAAUAUGUGGCCAAGUAUAACAGCCAGCGCUGCACCAACCCCAUUCCUAAAUCGGAGGACCGCAGGUACUGCAACAGCCACUUGCAGGUACUUGGCUUUAUCCCGAAAAAAGAGAGGAAGAAAAAGAAUGACCCUAUAGAUGAGGUCAAGGUCAGGCACCAGAUGGAUACCAUGGCCUUUAGCCUGACAGUGCCCACGCUGGCCUUGAAGAUGCCCAAUGGACUGGAUGGAAUGUCCCUCUCUCCACCAGGGGCAAGGGUCCCUGUCCACUACCUGGAAACCGAGUUGGAAGACCCCUUUGCUUUCAACGAGGAAGAUGAUGACCUAAAGAAAGGGGCAACUGUGAGAAAGAAGUUGCAGAGCAAGUUGGCCCAGAAUCGGCAGCGCCAGAGAGAGACAGAGAUUUUAAAAGUUCGGCAAGAGCACUUUAGUCCCCCUCCUGCCCCUUCUCAGCAGCAGCCUCCGCAGCAGCACUCCCACCUGUCACCUUUACCCACUUUAAAACCUCCAGCGCCACCGCAGGGUGUAGUCUGCAAGUCACCUCAACCUCAGAACACCAGCCUACCAAUGCAGGGAGUGGCCCCCACCACACACACUAUAGCACAAGCAAGGCAGUUGUCUCACAAGAGGCCUCUGCCCCUCCUGCCAUCCAGUAGGGCUCCCGCCGUGGACCCGCCCAGGACUGACCGGGUCCUUAUGAAAGCCACAGCCUUCUCUCCACACUUCUCUUGUAUAAGUCGACUGCAGAGACUGGUGAAACUGUGCACCCAAAAGCAUCAGUUGGACACUGAUCUGUUUCCCCAUUUAGGGUUGGACUGGUCUGAAGAGAGUGGAGAAGAACUUGAGGACUCAGAGCAGGCCUCGCCAUACCAGGUGGCCUGGUCCAUUCGAGAGACCCUCAGAUACGAAAGACACACGUCGGAUGAUGAUGACACGGAGAGUAGGAGCUCCAGGGUGACCCAACUUUGCACUUACUUUCAGCAGAAAUAUAAGCACCUCUGCCGCCUGGAGCGGGCAGAAUCUCGUCAAAAGAAAUGCCGGCACACACUGAGGAAGGCCUUGCUGCAGGCGGCUAGUAGAGAACCAGAGUGUGCUGGCCAGCUGAUCCAGGAACUGCAGAGAGCUACACGCAGUCGAGCCAGCAUAAGUCGGACCACGUUGAAGGAGAUGGAAGCUGCAGCGUGCAGUGGGACCGUGAAGGGCGAACAGUGCACCAACAAAGCCCUUCCGUUCACCAGACAUUGCUUCCAACAUAUCCUUUUAAACCGCUCUCAGCAACUCUUCUCAAGUUGCACAGCCAAGUUUGCAGAUGGACAGCAGUGUUCUGUGCCCGUCUUUGACAUUACACACCAGACACCUCUGUGUGAAGAACAUGCCAAAAAAAUGGAUAAUUUCUUGAGAGGAGAUAGCUCCCGUAAAGUUCAGCACCAGCAGCAGAGGAAACCCAGGAAAAAAACCAAGCCUCCUGCACUUACCAAAAAACACAAGAAGAAGAGAAGGCGUGGACCUCGUCGACCCCAGAAGCCCAUCCCCCCUGCAGUCCCCCAGGGGAACCUCAGCAUGCCCACCAGCGUCUCACUGCCAGUGGAGGCCUCCCACAUGCGGAGCCCGUCCACACCGGAGCUGAGCGCUGAUGAGUUGCCGGAUGACAUUGCCAAUGAGAUCACUGACAUUCCACACGACUUGGAAUUGAACCAGGAGGACUUCUCUGACGUCCUUCCGCGGCUACCUGAUGACUUACAAGAUUUCGAUUUUUUUGAAGGAAAGAACGGAGACCUCCUCCCCACCACCGAAGAGGCCGAGGAACUUGAACGGGCCUUGCAGGCCGUGACUUCUCUCGAGUGCCUGAGUACCAUUGGGGUGCUCACCCAGUCAGACGGUGUGCCCGUCCAGGAGCUGUCAGACAGAGGAAUAGGAGUGUUCUCCACAGGGACGGGAGCGUCGGGGAUCCCGUCCUUGAGCCGAGAGGUCAACACGGACCUGGGGGAGCUGCUGAAUGGGCGUAUAGUCCAUGACAACUUCUCUAGCCUAGAGCUGGAUGAGAGCCUGCUCCGUUCAGCUACCUUGUCUAACCCACCUACACCCCUGGCAGGGCAGAUCCAGGGGCAGUUCUCUGCCCCCGCCAGCGUCGGCCUUACUUCUGCCACUCUGAUGAGCCAGAGUGCCCUUGGGGAGAGAGCCUUCCCAGGACAGUUUCAUGGACUUCAUGAUGGCAGCCAUGCCUCCCAGAGGCCACAUCCUGCCCAGCUGCUGAGCAAGGCAGAUGACCUAAUCACCUCACGACAGCAAUACAGCAGUGAUCACUCACACUCCUCGCCCCAUGGAAGCCAUUAUGACAGCGAGCACGUGCCGUCUCCCUACAGUGACCACAUCACCUCUCCCCACACGACAUCCUACUCUGGUGAUAACAUGGCAGCUACCUUCUCAGCAGAGAUGCCCGUCAUGGCGCAGCACUUGCUCCCGACGCCACUUGAGGUGCCACUCGGAGGGGUCGUGAACCCCAGAACUCACUGGGGCAAUCUCCCCGUCAACCUCGGAGACCCCUCUCCGUUCAGCAACCUUCUCGUCGCUGAUGGGCAUCUUCUUUCCACGUCCCUCUCCACGCCGCCCACCACUUCGAACUCAGAGACCACACAGCCUGCCUUCGCCACCGUGACCCCCAGCAGCUCCAGUGUGCUUCCGGGGUUACCGCAGACCAGCUUCAGUGGCAUGGGGCCUUCCGCUGAACUGCUGGCCUCCACCUCCCCCAAGCAGCAACUCCCUCAGUUCAGCGCAGCCUUCGGCCACCAGCUGAGUUCUCACAGUGGCAUUCCCAAGGACCUGCAGCCCAGCCACAGCUCGAUAGCGCCUCCCACAGGCUUCACAGUAACAGGUGCCACAGCUACAAGUACCAAUAACGCAUCUCCUCCCUUUACCUCCCCUAACUGAGCGUGUCUGUGUGUUUGCGGGCAGGUGGGGAACCUGGUGUUUUCUAUCUUCUUUUCCCUCUUUAUCACCCACCCCCUCUGCCCUUUUUCCUAAAGAAGAUUUUAAAAAUAACAAACGGGGACUAGAGGAGAACUCCCCUUUUCCAAUUAAAACAAGUUCCCGCUGCGGUGGACCUCGCUUCAGUGUUCACAUGUGCUCCUUGGCACUGGUGCUCGUUCCCUCCUGGCGGGUCCACCUUCCCCCCAAUGGUUUCCUUAGCGGCUCAGCACAGUGACUGGAUAGAAUCGACUUUCAGCAGCAAGUCCUAGAAGUGGAAGAUACCUCAGAUUACCAGUGCCCUUUACUAUUUCCUAGUAUUGCAGAUCAACGCUUUCCAUUCUAAUACCAGGUCUUUACACAGGUGGUUCUAGCUAGAAUGAGCCUGUUCAUCGAGUUCUGUGUAAGAGAUGGCAAAUGGUGUGCAGAGGCAGAUUCAAGCCUCUGUCUUAGCACUAACUGCUCAACAAACACCACAUGAGGCCAGGAUUCCAUUCCUAAUUGUGAUCAUGUUUAAUUAAAAAGAAAAAGAAUUAGUCUUUUGACGGCCUGUGUGUAUGUGUGCACCCACGCGUGUAUUUCUGUGCAGGGCAGGAAGCAGCUGUCCCAUUGUUGUUUUUUGUUGUUGUCUUAUUUCCUAAUAAGUAGAAGUCUCUUCUCCUUUCCCACAUCUCAGAGCCCUAAUAAGGUUGGCCAUUCUUUCCCACUGAGUUAGCCGACCUUGGUAAAUGGAGAAGGGUGGCGGUCUGGCGGCGUGAGUAGCACAACCCUUUUCUGCUAAGUUAGCCCAGAACACAAAAAGCUGAAUUCACAUCAGUGCCCGGCGGAUGUGGUGAAGAGCUUGGCCAGAGGGACUGCAGGGGUUGCUGCGAUUCUGAGGUCUGGUGGUUGGUUGUGUUGCCUUUUUAGACACACAUUUGUUUCUGAAUCCCUCUUCCAUGGAAUAUAUUCGCAAGAUGUAAUUAAAGAAAAUAUUUUGAUGUGAAAAGCAGGAUAGUUCAAGAUUGGUUUGGAGAGAUGGGAUCUGUGAACUCCUUGAUCCAUCUUUUGCUUUGGGAUUUUUCAUGUUUACAGUAGUGAUUCUUUGGUAAAGUUUGUAAAAUGUUGAUGACACUUGUAGAAUCAAUGUACCAGUUGUGAAGUGACAUGUAAUAUCUGAAGGAUAUACAUUUAAAAUUUUUCUUUCAAAGCAAAAUAUGGAAAUUAGACAUAAAUCUUACUCACCCUUUGGUACUUUUAAAAUAAUUUUAAGUAUUUAGGUUUAAGUUUGGGGAAUUUUUUUGAGAUACCAGAUCUUGAAGGUUAAAAAUCAUAUUGGAUAGUUUAGUAAGUUGGUGAUUAUGAGAUGAAUAUGUGAGGUUUCUUUUUAACUUGCCUUCUCCCCGACCCCCCCACCCUCCGCCCAAGGGUGGAACUAGAUUUUAAAGGCAUCUGUUCUCUGCUUUUGCUGAGAAGUUUCACUGUCCCUUGAGAUACCAUUGGCUAUUUAUACCUGAAUCUAGUCUAAUUUACAUAUAUAUAUUUUAAAAGAUGCGUAGAGAGAACAUAUCUAUUAAUGAUGUGAUAUAAUAAUUCAUUUGUCAGGGAAUAUUUGAUCUUAAUUCCUUUUCAAUAGGUAAAGAUUUGGAUGUAUUUUCCUACUUCCUCUAUGUAUUUCUCUUUAUGCCAUGCUAAUUCUAACCAGUCCCUUCUUUUGAAAGCUUUUCUUUCUCUGCUUUUUAAAGGAAUGAUGGUGAUCAGCAGGCAUUAUGCAGAUACCACGUGCCUGACAUUAUGGAGGGGAAAUGUCACAUGACUGUAUGAAAUCAUGAUAUACCCUAUUUUGUAUUUAUUGAAGUUUUCUUUUUGUGGGCCAAAAAUAUGUUUGUAAUAUAUUUAGUUUUUU